AAAUCUCUUAUAAAUGAUUCCAACUUGCUCUAAUGAUUAUGAUUACAAUAAUUUCAAAUCUAACAAUGGAUAUCCUUAAAUCUUAAUAAAUCAUAUUUCUCCUCUUAAGAAUAUAUUAGCACCGAGCAGGUAGGAAAUAUUAAUAGAUAUUCUACAAAGCAAGUUUAAUGGAUUUAUCAAAGAAGUAGAGAUUGCAAAAUAAAAGAUUAUUAAGGUGAUUAAAGAUUGUUCAGAAAAUAAUAUAUUUACAAUAUUAGAUAAACCCAUGAAUUUUGAUGAUUAUAUCAAUUUUAUAGAAAACAACACCAAAAAUUAUCUAAAUGAGAUUAAAAACCAUCAUAAGUUAACUAUAAAUUUAAUAACUCAAGAAAGUUCAGAAAUUACGCAUUAAUCAUCUUCUUUUGAUAUGCAAUAAAUGUGUGAUAAAUGUUAAUUGAUGGUUGAAAAAGACUUAGUGUCAUUAAAUUGUUUUCAUUGCUAUCAUUAAAAAUGUGUUGGAGAUUAUAUUAAGAUAUAAAUUAACAAUAAUUGUAAAACAUUAAGAUGUCUAAAUUGUUAAUAAAAAAUUAAUACAUCCAUUCUAAGAAAAUUUGUUCCAUUUUAGUUAAUAGAUAAAAUGUUUAAGGAACAAUUAAAAUCAAUUAAAAAUAGUUUCUUGUAAAAUUAGAUUUUCAGUUGUAAAAAACCUGGAUGCAAUUACUUUUGCAUUCGACAUCAUGGAAUAAAAGGAUUGAUAAGAUGCUAAAUAUGCGAAAGCAUUAUAAAUAACUGA